AUGGAUUAUAAAGAAAGACUUGCUCAAUUCGAAGAUAUUCUUAGUAUAAAAAAUAUAUCUACGGAACCUACUAUAGACCUCUAUAAGUUUCGACAUUUAUGUUUUCGAGGGAUUCCGGAUAAACCUGGUAUUAGACAAUUAAGUUGGAAGAUUUUAAUAGGAUAUCUACCACCCGAUAAAAGAAAGUGGCAAAGCACGCUCGCGGAACAAAGGUCAACUUAUUAUAGCUUUAUUAGGGAUUUAUUGGUAGAUCCAAGUGAAGAAGAAUUAAAAAAUUCAAAUGAAUCGACAGAUGAUCACCCAUUAAAUUCUUCACCAAGUUCAAAAUGGGCGGAAUAUUUUGCAGAUAAUAAUAUGUUAGAACAAAUAGAUAAAGAUGUUAGACGUACAUUACCAGAUUUUGCAUUUUUUCAAUUGCCGGUACCGCACAGUCCAUUAAGUCCUCUCAGUCCUAAAAUUGAAGCAAUAAAUAGAAUGAAUGGAGCUCGAUCACCUUCUAUACUCGAAACUUUAGACUUUGAUGAUUCUGUUAGCAUAAGUAAUUAUAGUGAUUCUAUAUUAACUACGGCUUCAGAAUUAGAUGCAGAAGUUGCCGUAUUAGAAGCUCAAUUAGCAAUAAUUUCUAAUCCAUCAUUACCGUCGGCAAAUGGAAUUCUCAACAGAAAUAUUUCAACUAUGUCUAGUCCAAAACCGGUUCCGCUAGACUUAUACUAUAGAACAUCAUCUCCUCCGCCUGUUACACCUAUACCAACUCGUAGAUCUAUAUUCAAACGUGUACAGCAUUUAAAUAAAGAUUUCGGUAUGAGAGGAAAUAGUACAAAUACGAGACCUUGUUCUCCUGCUUCAAGUUAUAGAUCAGAUGGAUCAAAUGUUCGUGAUGACGAUGGCGAAGUUGAUUUACAUUGGGAAGCCAUUGAACGUAUAUUAUUCAUUUAUGCUAAAUUAAAUCCUGGUGUUGGUUAUGUACAAGGCAUGAAUGAAAUAUUAGGUCCUAUUUAUUAUACUAUGGCAAAUGAUUCUGAUGAACAAGGAAAAGCACAUGCUGAAGCAGAUUCAUUCUUUGUGUUUACAUUAUUGAUGGCACAUAUCAGGGAUCAUUUUGUUAGAAGUUUGGAUUCGGAUGAAGCAACUGGUAUUGGUCAUACCAUGAAAAAAUUAAACAGAAGAUUAAAAACUUAUGCACUUGAUUUAUGGAGAGAUUUAGAGAUAAAAUCUUUGUAUCCAACUUAUUAUUCAUUCCGUUGGUUAACAGUUAUGUUGACGCAAGAAUUUGCUUUACCCGAUGUUAUUAGAUUAUGGGACAGUAUUUUAGCUGAUCGUGAUGAUGAUGAUGAAUCGACAAAUCCAGCAAUAGUAUUGCGUAAAGCGUAUUCAUUAAGAGAAUCGAGAUUAUUAGCAAAAUUAAAUGGUGAAGAAGAUGAUGAAUUAGAUGAAGAUUAUUCUUACAUAAAUUCCAAUGGGGAAGAUUUUGGUUAUUAUUCAUCAUCAGGUAAUGAAUAUGAAUAUUAUGAUAGUGAUGACCUUUCCCUUGGAGAAAGUAUAAUCGAAACUACUAGUGUGUCUUCUAUUGAGACAUCUACCACGGAACUUUAUAAUACGCAACAAUCAACAAAUCACAAUAAUCAUUAUCUAUUACGUGCUCAAGAGGUUAAAGUGAAAGGAUGGGCUAUGUUAAGAAAAGUACAGGGUGUCGUAUCUGGUCGUAAUAAUAUUGCAUCAUCAAAUUCGAAUACUUUUUCAACAAAUUCGACUUUCUCAAGCUCAAAUAUAUCAACUUUAUCGUCACAAUCGAAAAUUAAUAAUGAGAAAACAUCAACUACAUCAACAUUAUUAUCGAAUUCCUCAGCAAUUGGGAAUGGAUUUAAAUCUUUACCUACAAUUAACAAAGUUAAUGUCAAUAAUGGAAUGAGUGGUUUUUCUAAUAGAUUUUCUAACGUUUGGAAAAAAAAUAUUACUUAUAAUGCUUAA